CAGAACCAACGCACCUCACCUCACUAGCGUCCAGAUUUAAAAGCGAUGUGUUGAGAAGCACAGAGAAAACGAGUCGUUUUAAAUAUAACACGGAAGCAUUAUACGAGCGAAAUGUCUCUCAAAAAUGGACCGGUGGAAAACAUUAAGUUCCCCUGUACAAGAUACUCAGGCCUCUAAGAGUUACAUCACUUGCUCCAAAACGGAUCCUCUGCAGUGAAUGGGUGCCAUCAGAAUGAGAGGCUGAUAAAAACAUAAUCCACAACAACCAUUCACUCCAGAGGAUCCAUUAGUGAGCAAUUGAUGUAAUGCUAUUUUCCAAAUACAAAUCAAAUUUAUCCAAAACAGAAUGUUCAGCCAGUUUUCUUUUCUGGGUUUAAGGAACGGCUAAAAACAAAAUAUCUCAGGGAUUUAAGGCAAAAGCAACAGCUAUCUGGGUCAUUAGAUAGUCACAAAUGGCGCUUUUUGUCCCCGGGUAUGGAUGAUUUUAGAGAUGGUUACCCAACAGUCCAUAAAGAGCUCUUCACUCAGUGUAAGAGUGGACCCUCCCCUGCAGUCUUUGGGAUGCCAAAUCACACUCGUUCAGUGAAGUUCCCACAGAAGAGACUGAGUAAAAAUCAAGUGUGUUACUCAAAGCAGAAUCCCCAGAGUCAAGCUCAGCGUGAGUUCAUUGACGCUGUUGAGUACAAACUCAAACAACACCCCCUGGCCCUCUAUCCUCAUCUGGAGAGCGGUAUGACACCAGAGCUAUUUGACCAGGUGUUGUCAGUCCUGGAUCCUGAUAUGUGCAUGAAGGCAGAAUUGUCCAUAACCUCUCCAAUGAAGCAUCUAGAAGAAAGCAGUGCACCGUGUGAAAUCUCAACUCUGGAGACUAUAAAACCGUCCAUCACCAUCAAACCACAAAAGGAGAAAUGUAAAGAGGCCAGACCAAGAAAUCCUUAUAGAUGGCAGAAACUCAAAGAAACGUUGGGUGUUGAAGAUCAGACGGCGAGUGUUAAACACCUGCACUCCGUGUCGCAAGAAGAUGACAAGCAGAUGAUUACCAAACUCUUCUGUGAAUGGAUUACCUCACUGGGUGGAGAGACCAGUGAUCUGACAGAGUCAACCAUCUUGGAUUUGUUUAAGAGUGACUAUGAAAAGAAACCCUCCUGGACCUUACCUAUUAACAAGACUCAUCUUAAUCAAACUCCAGCAAAACCCUCCAGCUCUGUAGAGGGACAUCUUAAAGAUGCUAAAGAGUUGAAUCAGGUCAAUAAACCCAACAGACCUCAGGCUGCCAAUGAUCCUUUAAGAGCCCCAGCAGAUAUCACAGGAAGCCUGGACUUUGAAGAACAGCUGAGUGAGAAGGAUGAAGAGCUGAAGCAGAUUCACGGCAUUCAGGCUUUCAGAGAGUUCAUUAUCAACAAGGGAGUGAGAAUGCCAAGGUUUCUCAGCACUAUCUUCUCUGAGGAUGAACAGAAGAACAGGAUCAGAGGCUCAAACACCGCAGGCUCCGCCUCAUCAUUGUCUAAAGGGAGAGCUGUCCAUUAAACUCUUUAAAUAAUAUUCCCUUAUGUUGUUUUAUUGAACAUCACUUCACACAUUCAUGGAUCAGCUGCUGAGUGCAGUUCCCCAGACUACAGUUUUUUUGGAUUAAAGUAACAUUUUACCCCCAAGCUAGAUUUUUGUAUUAUGUUAUUUUACGAUCAAAAAAAAUAAAACCAGGGCGUAUUUGG